AUGGCGCAGGCUUGCCUCCCACGGUUAUUACUGCUUUUUCUCUCGGCCUUCUUCUUAUCGGCGGCGGUAGUGACGGCAUCGGCGGCUGCGGCGGCGGAGAGCGAAGGAAAGGGGCAAUGGGCGAGACGGAUCGACGGAGGCGAUUACAGGUCACCGGCGGAACAUCAGCGAAGAAGGGCAGGCCAUGGCUUGGUUCAUGAUGUCUUGGUCCACCGGGCACAGCCGCCGACGCCGGCGUCGGACAGCAACAAGCCGGCCCGUCUCGAAGACCGCGUCGUGUUGACGGAACCUACGCCGGCGGCCCUCUUUGGCGGCUCGGUCCUGGAAGCCCGGCAAGGGUUCGACAACCCCGAGGAGGCCAUCAACUCGGCGUCACGGUCCGCCCAACAGGCCAUCGCGGCGGCAUCUCAGUCGGCUCGGGAAGCCGUGCAACAGGCCAACGACCAGGUCAGGCAGGCCCAGGAUCGGCAGAGGCAGGCGGAGGACCAGGCGAGGCAGGCCAACGAGGCGGCCACGCGGGCGUCGGCAUCGGCCAACAACGCCGUGGCGCAGGCACAGGCGAGCGCGCGGCAGGACAUCGCGCAGGCGCAGGACGCGGCGAGGGAGAGCGCGAGCAGGCAGAUCGCCGAGAACCUGGCGAGGGUGACGGCGAGCGCGUCGACGCAGCUGGCGUCCCAGGUCGCGAGCGUACAAGCCAGCGCCGCCAGCGCCAUCGCCGCCGCGACGCAGUCGGCCAGCGCUGCCGUGCAGAAUGCCCAGCAACAGGCGCAGCAACAGAUCCAGGCCGCGAGGGACGAUGCAAAUAUACGGAUUCAACAGGCACAGGGCACCGCCGUAUCAGUCACGCAGGCGGCGCUCGCCGUCGUCGGGGCCAUCAUCGGCUCGUCCCUCCUCACCAUUCUGGGCUUCUACCUCUUCACGCGGUACCGGCGGAACAAGCGCAGAGACCAAGCGGCGACGGCAGCGGCACGGGGCUUCGGCCGCGAGAUCAGCUACCCCAGGCAGGACACGCUCGUGACGACCAACGGACUGGCCUUGCUCAACGGGUACUCGCAGGACGUUAAGCGCUCAAUGUCACCGACGCGGCCGGAGACGGCGCGCACGACGGCGUCGGGCAAGAUGGGCUACGCCUUGAGCAACUUUGGCGACGGGGCGCCCAAUUUCUCGCGCAUGACGACGUUUGUGGGCAGCACGACAGCACCACCGCCGCCGCCAACGACUUCGUCGUCGUCGUCGUCGGCGGCGUCUUUCAAAACGGGGGGCAUGGGGGCACCGCCGGGGUCCAUGUCGGUGACGAGGAGGCCGGUGCCGGCGUCGCCGAUGAAACCGCCGGCCUUGUCUCUGUUCCCUCCGCGGUCGAGGGAUGGGUCGCCGCCGGGAAGCGGUGGGACGCUGCCUCCGACCCCUGCCCCUGCGCGAGACCGGGAGCCGUCGGUGGUGUCCAUUUCGCCUUCGACAAGUCAUGGGGUUCCUGUGAAUAAUGACAAGCUGGGCACGGUCGACGAGGAGGAGACGGACGAGUUCGGGGAGGGCAGCAAGAACUGGCUGAGACGGACGCAGACUGUGAGUCCGUUUGGGCACCUGGCGGACAGCCCGACGGAGGAGAAAGAUCCGGGCUGGCCGUUUAUGAGAUCGGCCUCGCCUCCGCCGCCUGCGAGGCUAAGGUGA